GUGGGGUCGGGCCGAGUGCCGCUCUGGGGCGGGGUUGGGGGCGGGGCAUGGGCGGAGCCCCAGCGGGCUAAGAGGCACCGGUUCGCAUGGGGGAGUCCAUCCCGCUGGCCGCCCCGGUGCCUGUGGAGCAGGCGGUGCUGGAGACCUUCUUCUCGCACUUGGGCAUCUUCUCUUACGACAAGGCCAAGGACAAUGUGGAGAAGGAGCGGGAAGCCAACAAGAGCGCGGGGGGCAGCUGGCUGGCGCUGCUGGCUGCCCUGGCCCACCUGGCCGCUGCCGAGAAGGCCUAUCACAGCCUCACCUACUUGGGGCAGAAACUAGGUGGGCAGUCCUUUUUUAGCAGGAAGGAUUCCAUCCGGACCAUUUACACUUCUCUGCACAAUGAGUUGAAGAAGGUGGUAGUGACUGGCCGAGGUGCUGCUGGGGGAACUGCACCUCAUUUGGAAGAGCUCCUGUCCCAUUUGUCAGAGCAGCUCUGCUUCUUUGUUCAGGCACGAGUGGAAAUUGCUGACUUCUAUGAGAAGAUGUACACCCUCAGCACUCAGAAGUUCAUAAAUUCUGAAGAGCUAGUCAGUCUUUUGGAGUCCAUCUUAAAGAAAUAUAGCUCCAGAUUUCACCACCCAAUUCUCAGCCCCUUAGAGAGCAGUUUCCAGCUGGAAGUUGAUGUCCUGGCCCAUCUCUUAAAGUGCCAGGCUCAGAUCUCCGAGUGGAAGUUCCUCCCAUCUCUGGUCAACUUACAUAGCGCCCACAGCAAGCUGCAGACGUGGGGCCAGAUUUUUGAAAAGCAGCGAGAGACUAAGAAGCAUCUGUUUGGAGGGCAGUCUCAGAAGGCUGUUCAGCCCCCGCAUCUCUUCCUUUGGUUAAUGAAACUCAAGAACAUGCUCCUUGCCAAGUUUAGCUUUUAUUUUCAUGAAGCCCUAAGCCGCCAAACGACAGCUUCAGAAAUGAAAGCACUGACUGCAAAAGCCAAUCCUGAUCUUUUUGGGAAGAUCUCUAGCUUUAUCAGGAAAUAUGAUGCUGCCAAUGUGUCUUUAAUUUUUGACAAUAGAGGGUCUGAAAGCUUCCAGGGGCAUGGUUACCACCACCCUCAUUCCUACCGAGAGGCCCCAAAGGGAGUGGAUCAGUACCCAGCAGUGGUGUCCCUGCCCAGUGACAGGCCUGUCAUGCACUGGCCCAAUGUUAUCAUGAUCAUGACUGAUCGGACCUCUGACCUGAACACCUUGGAGAAAAUUGUCCACUUCUAUGACGACAAAGUCCAGAGCACCUACUUCCUUACCCGCCCAGAGCCUCACUUUACCAUUGUUGUAAUUUUUGAGUCUAAGAAAUCAGAGAAAGACUCCCAUUUCCUUUCCUUUCUCAAUGAGCUCUCACAUGCUCUUAAAAACCCCAAAGUAUUUGCAAGCUUGAAACCUGGGUCCAAAGGGUAGUAGGUUUAUCGGAGUGAUGGUUUCUCAAGGCUGGUUAACAUGACUGUUAUUAUUUUUGGUGAUUCAGGUCACAUCCGUUCAUGAUUCUUUAAAAGCUAAAUUAAAGAAAAAUUGUCAUGACAUGUAUUGCACAUAUAUGUAAUUAUAUCUAUUUUAUGUACAUAUAUGUACAAAUAUAUAUGUAAUUAUGGCCAUUUAACUUAAACAUCCAAAGAUGACUAUAGAAAGUGAAUGUCUACUGCUUGUCUCUGUUGGAUAGAGUGAUCUUAGUAUUUUUUCCACAUUUUCUGAAUUUUGUGUGAUUUGUAUAUUUAUUGGUCCUUGACUUUGAGGGGCAGGAGUGGCAAAAGGGGCAGGAUGUAUGUGUUAUGUGUGUGCAUAAUAUUUCUGCUAGUUACUUUAUCUUGUUCUAGCUCUUGAAUUCUGGUGCAAUUUUUUUUUUCCAUUUAUGUGGAAAAAAUAAUUAGGAUGUAGAAAAUUAAAUGACCUUUAUAGAAUUCACUACUAUAUGAUUACUAUUAAGAAAUCUGCAAUCUGCAAAAAAAAGUAUGUUUGGAAUCCUAAUUUAUUAUAAUCUUUUAUGAUGCCCAAAUGAUGAGCACAAUACUCUUAAUUUUUAAAAAAUUGUUUUAAGUUUUAUAUUGGUAAUUAUUUUAUUUUUGCAUCGCAGUCAUUUUGUAUACCAGAAUUCCACUUCAGAUAGAGAUUCAUUCUCAAACUUCUGAAAUGGAAUAAUCCUUUGUAACAACAAAAACCUAGUUUAAAUAACCAAUACAGUGGCUGUAUCUGGCAGUUUACAUAUUUAGAACAUUUAUUUUGUCGUCAUUAUCCUACUUGUCUUCAAUGAAGAGGAAAGCACAUGUAUUUUUUCUCUUCACCGCUUUGGUUUAAUAAAAAGACAUCUUGUGAAUCCCAUAGAAGGGGAGGCACAAUAGCUAUGGAGUUACUUCUAAUCUCUAUUCAAAACACCUGAAAGAUUACAGAUUUUCUUAACAUUUUCCUCUAGUCUUUAACUUUAUCAGUAUUUUGGGAUGGGGUCAGUUGAACAAAUAACCCAACACUCUUUGGUUUAAAAUUUCUCAAUUUGCAUUAAAAUUGGGAUAGACUAAGUACUGGAUCUUGAAGGGAACUCUGGAAUGAGGAAACUCCUUCUACCAGUGCAGGUUGGCACCUUCUUUGCAAUUUAUAGUCUUUAGAGAUCUUCUUGCCUAGAGUCAUCAGCAACACACUUGUGUCAGAUAAUGGAUUAAAAUUAGCAUAAUCCAUCAUUCAGGAGUUUCCCAUUCUUUAGCUUAAUGCUUUUUUAUUUAUCCCUUUUUUAGUUUUUCUGCUGAGAUUUUCA